GCGUCACUCUUUUUUUCCUUGCUCUGCCUUUUGCGGCAGUGGUCGCCAAGUAAGGUUGUCGUAAACCGUGGUUUCCUUGACGGCUGAGAGCAGGCUCGACGAGGCGUCUCUCUCUCUUUGGACGGUUGUGCUACCCAUCUCAUACAACAAGUUUUAAUAAUAAGAUUAAUAACAGGAUGGCUGAUCAAGGUAUAGAGGAGACUCUGCUGAGUCCUGCAGGUGAAGAUGCAAUAAAGGACAGUGAUGAGGAGAGAGAAGUGCCUGUGACAGAGAACAUUGAAGGAGAAGAUGAUCCCUGGGAUCAAGAUGUUGCCUCGCAGGACAAGGAAGGAGAAAGCAAUGCUCAAAUGGUUCUCCCUAUUGAAGCUGGUGCCAAAAAAAUUGUGCCUGGCAUCAUUUACCUUGGUCAUAUCCCUCCCCGCUUCCGGCCCCGACAUGUCCGGAACCUGUUGAGCGUUCAUGGUGAAGUGGGGCGCAUUUUCCUACAACCUGAAGAACGAUUUAUACGAAAGAAAAAGAAGAAAGCUGGAAGCAAUGCCAAGAAUUUCACAGAAGGCUGGGUUGAAUUCCGGGAUAAACGUGUGGCCAAAUUGGUUGCUGCUAGUUUGCACAAUACACCUAUGGGUACCCGCAGGAGGAGUAAAUUCCAUUAUGAUCUCUGGAAUAUGAAGUACUUGCACCGCUUCAAAUGGACUCACCUGAGUGAACGGCUCGCAUAUGAAAGACAAGUGCGGCAGCAGCGGAUGCGUGCUGAGGUUUCACAAGCCAAGCGCGAGACUAAUUUCUACCUCCAGAAUGUAGAGAAGAGCAAGCACUUCGCAGCGAAGGGCAGUCAGAGAGGACAAGAGGAAAAGAAUUGGGGCUUUGUCCAGCGCCGUACUGAGGAAGAAAUCCAGACCAGCAAAGAGAAGAAAGGUCUGAAGCAGCAACUGGCCCGUGCUGCUGAGAUACAGCAAAAAUCCCAGUCGAACAGUUCCCUGUUAUCCAAAAUCUUCAAUGUCCAGCAGUAGCAAUGGCUUGCUUCCUAUCCUGAUUUAGCUUUGGCAAGUUGAGGAGACUUAAGACUUCCAUAGAUCCUAUGAGAAGUAAAAAUGGUCAUGUUUUGUUUGGCCCAUUUUAUGUAUACACUGUGAUCUACAUUUACUGGUCUUUCUGCUGUGCAGAGCCUCUCUUGCCAGGCAAUGACCAGAAUUAAAGGUUUCUCUUGUUGGGAUUAGAGUGAACUCUUUUGGCCUUUCCUUUGGUGUCUGGAGUUGGUCUGUUGCAUCCUGGAGCUAAAGCCAUAAAGGACUGUGGCUGUAUAAGGCAGAUGACUCUGAAGGGGAACUGAAACGUAUUAGGAUCCAGUUGCUUAUACAAACCACAGAUUUCUAGAAAGCUAAGGGUGAGGGUUAAAUAAAAUGGUCAAAGUUUCUUUCCCAGAGUUCCUUGUGGUCUGUAAAAUACCAAAACACAUUAGUCUUUACCUCUCUUUGGAAGACUGAUCCCAAAUACAGUAGAGUCUCACUUAUCCAAGCUAAACGGGCCGGCAGAAGCUUGGAUAAGCGAAUAUCUUGGAUAAUAAGGAGGGAUUAAGGAAAAGCCUAUUAAACAUCAAACUAGGUUAUGAUUUUACAAAUUAAGUGCCAAAACAUCAUGUUAUACAACAAAUUUGACAGAAAAAGUAGUUCAAUACGCAGUAAUGUUAUGUUGUGAUUACUGUAUUUAUGAAUUUAGCACCAAAAUAUAAUGAUAUAUUGAAAACAUUGACUACAAAAAUGGCUUGGAUAAUCCAGAAGCUUGGAUAAGUGAGACUCUACUGUACUGUUAAAUGGGCAAUAUCAAACAUCAAUGAUAGGUGCUGUGAAGAUGCUAAGAUAGUAAGUGAAUAUGCAUCACUGGAUGUUUUAGAUGGGGUAUUGUGAGCUGCAGAACCACCAAAAAGUCAGAGGUACGAUCCUGGGAGCGGGAAGGUAACAGCACUCCAUGCAGUCAUGCCAGCCACAUGACCUUGGAGGUGUCUACGGACAAGGCUGGCUCUUCAGUUUAGAAAUGGAGAUGAGCACCAAUCCCCAGAGUCGGACAUGACUAAACUUAAAUGUUAGGGGAAAACCUUUACCUUUAUCUAUUGUGUAAUCUGCAAGGAAUAUUAUAAUAGAACAUAUUUUUCUCAAAAACUGUAUUGCAUUCAAGAUUGCUAAUUUUCCUAAAAUAUUGUUAAAAACAUGUUUAUUAAAUUAAAAUUUUAAAAAAUG